CACCUCCCCCGCCAUCUCCCUCUCUGCCGGCACCUCCUCCUCCUCCGACGACGACGCCACCAUCUCCCUCUCUGCCGGCACCUUCGAGGCCGACGCCACCUCAGCGAUACCAGCCGCCACCGCCAAGCUUCUUGCCACGAUCAAAGCCGUUGAGAAAAGUGUUAACUUCAAAAGGGAUACUGCUGCGGCCUAUAUUGAAGAGAAUAACUUUGAGGGCCUCGAGACAUAUGUUGUUGGCUUCUUGACCUCUGUUCAAGGAACAGAACAGCAUCAUCAUCCAGGAAUCUUAUGUGCUCUUUACCGGGCCCAAAUUUCCUAUUUGGUCAGAGAGGGUAGGAUUAGAGAUGCUGAAGCAGUCUUCAAUGAGAAAGUAAAGCCUUUACUUGAUAACGAGGACCAUCUGUACAAACCAAAGAAUCUGAAAGUCCAAGUUGGGAACGCUGAGAAAAGAGUGGAACUCGACGUUGAUAUACUAUCUCUCCUGUUGGAUUACUUUGGCCUAUAUUUCCCAUCAACGCUGAUGCCACAUAUUGAAAGAAAGGCUUCUGUCUUUGACUUUGUGGGUAAGAGGGACGUUGGUGGAGUGGAAGAAACCCACUGCUUGGCUUGCCGAUGGGUACUGCCACAAGGCAUGAGUGCAGGAAAGCUCAUCAAGCACUACACUGAUGACGCUAAAGUGAAACAUUGCUUUCAUGUUACUGAAUGGAUGCUUUCAUAUCUUGAUACCAUCAAAACAGAGGAAGGAGCUGGGUUGGUGAGGAAUCCAUUUGGCAAGUCAGUACCUGAGGCCACAGUGAAAGCACCUGAGAAAAGGAAACGGAAACCUGAACUUCAAUUGUCUGCAGGCAACUUGAUCAUGAAUGAGCUGCUCCUGGACGGCUUUCUUGAUCUGCAUUCUGUGAUUUGCAAGUUUCCAUUUUAUCUCUUGAAAGAACAAGAAGAGAGUGCUAAGGAUGCUGCCUCCAAAGCGAGGAAGGCGCUGUCGGAUAUGCAAAGUGCGACCAAUGAUAUCUUGUGCUUGGCCUUCAGAUCUGUUAAUUUUUAUGAACCUCUGGAUCCAACCGUGUUUCUCUCUAAGUUCACUGUCCUGGCAACCUCUGGUCCCAAACUUCUUCUGCUGAUGUUCAGCCUGCAACAUUCUAAGACUAAGAGUAUGGUCCAAUCACUAUGUCAUAAGUUAACGGAUGUGGAGAAGAUGAUAGUGAUGGCAAAAGUUACUGGCCUGAAGAGGGGCAAUGUUGUUGUGAGUGCUGAGGGAUCGAGUACCCAUGCUGAUACUAGCACUGGCUCUUCUGCAACACCACCAUCAAUGACUUCCAUAUCUUAGUUCCUGCUGGUUAACUAGGGGUACCAUCUUAGUUCCUGCUGGUUAUCUAGGGGUAAUGUAAGAUGGGAAGUUCCUGCUGGUUAUAUAGGGGUAAUGUAAAAUAGGCUUUGAUUAUAUGCUUGAAGGAAAGAGUGGUUAUCUAGGGGUAAUGUAAGAUAGGAAGUUCGGGGGAAUGUAAAAUAGGCUUUGAUUAUAUGGAGCGUUUCUGAUUGUGGAGGUCACCGCUCAGACAUGGCUGUUGCUGUUUAGCAGCAACUUCUUAUGCUGUUGCUGUUUAGCACAAUGUUAAUCUUAUGCUGCAAACUAUCUUUUUUUUCGCGAACA